AUGUCCGAUAUACCCCCAGCAGCCAUGAACGUCGUCCUCCCGGAGCAAUCCCCACUACCGUUGGAAGUCAUCGAGAACAUCCUCAGCCGCCUCCCAGUGAGGACCCUGAAGCGCUUCCGCGCCGUCGAGAAAUCGUGGUGUUCUCUGAUCGACGCCGAGAGCUUCGCCAAAGCGCACUUGCGUCGGUCGCUGAGCUCACCGCACUCGAACCGGAAUCUCAUCAGCGGCCUAAACGGCUUCUGCUUUAUGAGCCUGGCCGCGCUCACGCAGGUCAAGUCCUUCAAGCCUGCGUUCAAGUACGACGAAAAGGACGAGCACGCGAUUUCAAACUCCGUCAACGGCAUGGUUGUCGUGAUGAGGGAGCCAGCCCGUCCCGUGCUGUGGAACCCUUUCACGGGAGAGCACAAGGUCCUCCCCGCGUGCCCCCGCGAGUUUCAACCGGACGAGCGUCAUUUCUGCAGAACCACGUACGGGUUCGGGUACGACCCGGAAAACGAUGACUACAAAAUCAUCAAGGUUAUGCUCUACAUGUUCAAGAGGCUCUCCCUGUGGUCGUUGUCAGAGGACUGGAUCUACAGCUUGAGGUCGAAUUCCUGGAAGAGGACCAACGGAGCGCCCUAUACUCACCGUCAUUGGCCCGCCCAUGUCAACGGGAUUCUGCACACGAUUGUCCAGACGUGGACCGGCCCAGGUCUAUCUGGAGUGCACUUAUAUGGUUUCAGCCUGGUGCACGAGAAGGACUAUGAGGUUAAGAUGCCCCAGAAAAUUGAAAUCGAGGGCAUUGAUAGUUUGACUGUGGAUGCGUUUGAGGGGAGACUUUCUCUUGGCUGUGCUUACGAGUCCCGGUUCGCAAUCUGGGUUAUGGUGAGUUACGGAGUGUGGAACCCGCUGAUUCAGUUCGUGACCAAGCCCGAUGAUUUCUUGCGGCCGCUUGCUUUUGUAGAAAAUGGGAAUAAGCUCCUGCUCAGCCGCGGUUGCAAGAGGCUCGUUGUGUGUGAUUUGGUUAAGGCCCAGAAUUUAGUUAUGCCUUUUGAGUUUUCCCCUUUAUUUUGUCUCGAGACCCUUGUCUCGCCUCACGCCUGGGACAAGGGGGAGAUUGGGCGGAAAAACUUGAAUAUUGGCAAAAGUAAGAAGAAGAAGAUGAAAAUGAAGAAGAAGAAGAAGAAGAGGAACAAGAAGUGGACAUGGUCUGUAGCCAAAAGGAUUGGUUUUUAUCAUCUUGUAUUAACAUUGUUUAAACUGGAUUUGAUCAUCCUGUGCUCUGAAACAACGCAUGAGGUACCUACGUGGAGAAUAUGGUUUAGUUUUUGCAUGUUGUCUUUCAAUGUAGCUUCUGUCAACAAACCAAAAGAAAAAUAGCUUAUUAUGUGAUGCUGAGACUGUAUCUGUUUUGUGAGUGUAAAGAGCUAAGCGUGCUAAUUUCACUCCAUCACGACCUAUCUAUGUAUUUCAGUUCAUUGAAUAUGAGUAUUCUCGAAAUUAAUGUCUUGAUAUAUAUUUGUGAUCACCUCUAAUGAUGCCCUGUUGAUGGUUGAAUGUAGUUCUGUUUAAUCUGAUGGACUGUAAUUUGUAGGUGGCAACUCUGUGACCUGUGUAGCAUUUCCCAACACAUUUUUUUUUUUUUUGCUGAUAUACUAGUUUGUUGUUUACAAUGUUUGUCACUAUUGUUCUCA